AAUAAGGACAGAAACCUGCCCGUACAGGACACAGUAAUGGCGGCGCUAGGAUGUGGUAGAUGUUUUCUCAGACGGUUAUUUAACACAAGUGUUAAUUACAGAGCAUCUGGAUUACACACAUUUAUUAACACACACAACGCCGCCCACUAUUCUCCGUACCCGAGGAGAGCGCGUGCCCUGUCUCGUACUCUGUUUCGUACCACGGACGGAAGUGACGCAGAGUUGACAGCGCGAGCUUCAUACACACCGGAACGACAUCAACAUGGUGGAGCUGUGUUUAACCUUGAUGUGUUGGUGUCUCUCCUGCGGGAGGAAAAUGGAUUGGACAUCUGUGUGAUCCGAGUCCCAGAUGAGCUGAAAUACACUGAGUACUUCAUCGUAGUGAGCGGCUCUUCAACUCGCCACCUGAGAGCUAUGUCACAGUACGCCAUUAAAGUGUAUAAGUUCCUGAGAAGAGACAGCGAUCCACACUCACACAUAGAGGGACAGGACUGUGAUGACUGGAUGUGUAUUGAUUUUGGGUCGAUGGUGGUCCACUUUAUGCUACCGGAGACAAGAGAAAAAUUCCAGUUGGAGAUGCUGUGGACGCUGCGGAGCUAUGAACAACUGACCAACAACACACCACCACACACACUGCCUCCUGACUUCAUACUUACACACACACACACACACACUGACUGACACACACACUCCCACACACGCUGCCUCCUGACUUCAUACUUACACACACACACACUCGCGCACAUUUUUUCUCUGAUUGGAAGUUUAUAGUAUACUAUAAACACACUAUAAUAUACACACUAACAUAUGAAAGUUGGAUGGAAGAACCCAGUUUAUACACCUGUCUGUAGAGAAAUAAGAUGUUUAUUUACAUGGCAAUGUUACUGAACAUCUCCCACACUGAUCAAUAAAAACGACUCAGUUCACCAGAGAUUCAUUUCUGAUUAACUUCAGUCUUAGACAUGAAAAACACAAGUAGCAGCAGCUCCAUCACAGCUCAGAGGAGCGCGUGUGUGUGUGUGUGUGUGUGUGUGUGUGUGUGUGUGUGUGUGUUUAUGGAUGUGAACAAAUUCUGGUGUUCUGUCGAGACGAGGUGUAGAGUCACCACAGAGCUGUGUUUGUGAAAGAAUUCAGGUGCUCAGGAGAAGCUCCAUGUGAGAGUCUCUAUUGAAUUCAGAGUCAGUGCGGUGAUGGAGCUUAUGGAGGUGCUGUGGUGAUGAUGCUCAGACCUCAUCUUCAGAAAGAUCAACCCAAGUAGUCUGCACAGAGGGACCUGAGACUCAAUGAAGAAUGCUUUCUCUGACGUUUCCUGUACAGUGUGUUGUUGUUCGACUUGUCUGGUCUGCAGCUCAGGUUGACAUAUUGACAUAUAUAUACCUGGAUUACCUGUACCACCUCCAGCUCCUCCUCUUUGAUGGUUCCCAGUCCUUUAAUCUCUGUAAACCCCAGUUUGUUUCUUGUCCAGUGCAGCUCACUGACCAGUACUCACUGAGGGCUCACUGAAGCCACCACAAUAUAUGUAACAGCAUUUGAUGAGAUUGAGGUUUUGGGUUUAUUCCAUUUCAGAGACAUAUACAGUUGUGCUCAAAAUUAUUCAUAUCCCUUUGAUCAUUUUUCAUUUAUAAAAACUACUUUGGUGAAACUUCCAUUGUAGAUCAGAGAUUCAUUAAAAAUUAAUCAUACCCUAUUCCAAAUAUCAGAAAAAAUUCCUUCUUUUGUGAAAGUACACAUAGUUUCACACUCCAGGGACUAUAAUCAGUUUCACCAAUUAAGCCCUAAUUAUGUUAAAUAGUAACACCUGCCCUUAAAGUAUUAAGUAUUAUUAAGGGGGCAAAAUAUUAUUCUCAGUCACUGUCACUAUGGCCAGGAAGAAAGAACUCAGUCAUCAUCUUCUUACAUGUGUUGUCAAUGCCCAUAGUGGGGGCAAAGGCUACAAGGCCAUUUCAAAAGAACUGGAUGUCCCUGUAUCAUCAAGAAGUUCAAGAUGUUCAACACUGUCAAAAACCUGGAUGGGCUUGGCAGGAAGUACAAAGUAUCUUCUAGAGUCGCUAGAAAGAUCCGCUGUGAUGCACACAAAUACUUCCCUGUUACCACCAAAGCUCUAAUAGACACCCUAAACCAAGCAAGGGAUACGGUACCAUUCAGCGAAUUCUGCAUUGAGGUGGUCGCCAUGGACAUCACCCCAGAAAGACACCACUCCUUACCCAGAGACACAGAGAUUUGCAAGGGGUUACCCAGCUAGAGAUCUGAACUUCUGGUCAUCCAUCCUCUGGUCAAAUGAUACUAAACUGGUGCUCUUUAGACAUAUGUUACAUAUUUUUUGUGUAUGAAAGAUGAAGCCUGAAAAUACCAUCCCAUUGGUCAAGAACGGUAGAGGUCAUUUCCUGCUAUGGGGAUGGUACAGGUAACCCUGUUAAGAUAGAUGGUAUCAUGAAAAAGUAGGACUAUCCUGAGAUUCUUGAUGAAAACCUGGAACCUGGAAAACCUGAAAACCUGCCAGAAAAUUGGACAUAUGGUACCAGCAGGAUAAUGACCCAAAGCAUACAACCCAGGUGGUCAAGCAAUGGUUCAGGGACAACAACAUAAAUGUUCUGGAGUGGUCAUGUCAGAUCCCUGACCUAAACCCAUUUGAGAAUGUGUGGAGAAAGUUGAAGAUCGGGCCAGGGCUAGGAAGCCUUCCAAUCUCCAACAAAUAGAUGCUUUUGUGAAGGAAGAGUGGGAAAACACUCCAGAGCAGGUCUGUAGAAAUCUGGUAGAGACCUACAAGAAGUGUUUGCGUCAUUAAGAACAAUGAUCUUGUAUAUAAUAAUCUAUUGAUUACUGAUACAUUGUAAUAUAAAGAGUAUGAAUAAUUUUGAACAUGGUCAUUUUUGAAUAUUUGUCAAUAAAAACCCAUGAAAUGCCA